AUGUGGUUGAAAAAGUGGUUGGAUGACAACUUUCUCAAGCAGACGAUCAAAGACGCCAUGAAAGAAGGUGCGCAAGCCAUGAUCGAGUUGAUGUCCGGUCCGGCGAAGUGUGCCCCACUUGUAAACACAGUCACGCAGACGGUCACCGCAGCGGCCGUUGAAGCAGGGAACCGCAUUGCGAACCUCAUACCCGGACUGACUCUGAAGUGGGACUUCCUGUCGAUUCUCUUGCUGAAGCCUCAGAAGCUCUUCUGCAAGGAGAUCUACACAACACCGAAUUUCGAGAACUCCCCCUGCGCGGAUCAGCUCGGGUGCGGGACAGCCGGCCAGGGCCCACCAGAUGAAUCGGAGGUCGAGACUGUGCCGCCGGAGCAAGUGGAUCCGCCGACUGUAGAGAGGCCGCCAGGUGUUCCCCCUCCUUCAUGCGGCAGUCUUAGAAUGGGUGACCGGUUUAUUGAGCUCGGCAAGUUCCGCAUCGCCGAAAUCGAUGCGAGCCACCUGUCGAUCUCACACCAGGAGAUUGCCUCGUGUAGGCAUCCUAAACCAUGUCAGGCCUAA